AUGUCUUCCACUUUAGCACUCCUGUCAAAGCACAGAGGCGCAGUCUCUGUUGCCGCCGUGGCUAAUACAGCUUCUAUGCUGUUUGGAUACGAUACAGGUGUCGCUGGAUCUGUAGUAGCACUGCAAAGUUUUUCUACAGAGUUCAAACUCUCCACUAGCGUUGCACACAAAGCAUACAUUUCCUCCAACAUAGUAGCACUGCUCAACGCUGGUGCAUUCUUUGGAGCCAUAGUUCCAGCCUUUCUCACAAAGUUUAUUGGUCGGAAGCCAACGAUGACUAUUGCAGCAGCUUUUCUUAUGCUCGGUGGAAUCCUUCAAACUGCUGCCCAACCACCCUCUCUGUCCAUGAUCUAUGCCGGACGCAUUAUUUCCGGUUUUGGUGUCGGUAUGGUUAGCAAUCUCACUCCUAUUUUAGUUGCGGAAACAGCACCGAAGGAACUGAGAGGGUUCCUAAUGGGACUUUUUGAGAUGUUCCUUGUUAGCGGAGGGUUACUGGCUUAUUGGACAACAUACGGAUGCUCGCUACAUCUACAUCCGACAAGCAAACAAUGGAGAGUUCCAUUGGGCAUCCAAAUUAUCCUCGCCGCAAUUAUCAUGCUUGGAUCAUUUCUCAUAAUCGAGUCUCCAAGAUGGUUGGCCAAACAAAAUCGAUGGGACGAGGCCGAACACGCAUUGUGCUAUCUCCGAGGCUCAACGUCCGAGGACUUGGAAAUCAAAACUGAGAUUGCAGAGAUGCAUGCGCAAAUUGAAGAAGAGAUUGCCGCGACCUCUGGUAGAUCGAUAACUGAAUUGUUUCAAUCAAGAAACCUUAUUCGUCUUGUCUGGGGAUGUGGUGUCUCAUUCUUCAGUAUUUGGUGUGGGCAUAAUGGAAUCUUGUACUACGGACCCACGGUAUUCAAGCAGAUUGGCUUUACCGCUCAGAAUGCUGCUCUGUUCGCCAGUGGAAUUUUCACCUGUAUCAAAGUCGGUGUUACCGCUCUUUUCUUGAUCGCAGGAAUUCAACAUUUCAAGAGGAAAACCUUAUUGAGUGUUGGUAGUGCUGGCAUGGCAAUCACUAUGUUUGCCCUUGGUGCAGUCUUAGCCACACAUCCACCAGCCACUGGACACACAACAAACGAUACACCUAGUGGAAAGGGAAUGAUGGCAAUCAUCUACCUCUUCGUCGUCUUCUAUUCCAUGUCUUGGGGACCUAUUGCUUGGGUCUAUAUUGGAGAGAUUUAUCCUACUCGAAUUCGUGACUGGGGAAUGGCCAUCAGUGUGAUGAUAGUCUGGCUUUUCAAUUAUGUCGUUUCCAGAGAGACUCCAAUCGCAGUCUUGAACAUUGGAUGGAAGACUUGGAUGAUCUUCGGAACGUUUAACUCAGUCGCAUUCAUCUUUGUUUGGUUCCUCCCUGAGACCAAAGGUUUGAGUUUGGAAGAGAUGGAUGUUCUCUUCAAGGUUGUGAAGGAAGAUAUUAGAAGGAAAGAUAUUGAUGAACAUGUCGUUGUGCCAAUUGGAGGCAGCGAAAAGAGCGUAAGUGGUGAGGUAGUCAAGGAGGUUUGA